GACAUGGAUCGUUGCAUGGAGGCGAUGCAAGGAAAGGGUGGCAAAUUCCAUCGGACUCUGUCCUCCAGCUCCCGCCCCUUUUCUGGGCUCCGUCCCAGCUUUAAAAAAUUAUAAAAAGCAUCGGCUCGUCCAAAUCUUGGGCUUUGUCUGCUCCCCACUCUCCGAUUUCUCUUCUCUCUCCUCCAUGGGCGAGAAUUCCGAAACCCCAACGCUAGCAGAGGACCCGCCGCCGCCGCCGCCGCUGCUGCGGCCGCCGUCGCUGCCGCGGCCGCCGUCGCGAGUGCCGCUUCUCGAACCGGACGAGACGCUCCUCGGCCCCGCCCUCUGCCGCCUCGUGUCCUUCCUCGCCGCCCUCGGAUUCCACCACCGCUCCUCCCUGAUGGCCCUUGUCCUCUCCGGCUUCGCCUUCGCCCUCCUCGGCAUCGCCGUCCCCGUCGCCUCGAUCUGCCUCUCCCGCUGCUCCGGCGAGAGCUGCGAGGAGUACCAGGUCGAGCGGUUCGAGAUCUGCGUCUUUGUGUCCGACUCGUCUCUGGCCGCCAUCUCCCUCAUUUGUAUCUCCAGGAAUCUGUUCAAGUAUGGGAUACGGAGGUUUCUCUUUGUGGAUCAGCAUCACGGCCAGACCGAGAGGUUCCAGAAGGAGUACUUCCGCAAGAUCCAGGAUUUCUUUUGUCUGCUCCUUUGGUGGAUAUUGCCAUGCCUUGUUGUGAAGAUUACCCGUGAAAUCUUUCGCUUUGUAUACAUCUUCCAUGAGUCAAUAUGGAAAUCCAUUGUGGUUUUGUUAGCUUCUAUUAUCUCAUGGGCAUAUUUGAUCAUAAUUUUUUUAUCUGCUUGUACUUUGUUCAAUUUGGUUUGCAAUUUACAAGUUAUUCACUUUGAGGACUAUAGUAAACUUUUGGAAAGAGAUGCAGAUGCUUUGGUAUAUUUGGAAGAACAUACCACAGGAUAUGGUGGGAAAGUGAAUUUCACGAAUGCUGGGGGAUUAGCUGUAUCUUCAGUUGUUCAAGUUGUUGGUGUAGUCCUUUGUUUGCAUGCAGCUGCUAAAAUUUCACAUAGGGCUCAAGGCGUUGCAUCAGUAGCCAGUAGAUGGCAUGCAUUGAUAACAUGCAGUUCCUGUGAUUCUUCUCAAAUGAGAACUACAAACAGCUCUGCUAACUUGGAGGUCAUUCCGGCAAAUUUAUUAUUGGCAGAUUAUUCGGAAAGCGACUUGGAAUCAUUAGACAGUGCUGCAGUGCAAAGCAAUUCUCAAUUGGUUUCUUAUAUGUCCUCGUACCACAAGAGGCAAGCCCUUGUUAUGUAUUUGCAAUCCAACCCUGGCGGAAUCACCAUUUUUGGAUGGACGGUCGACCGUGCAUUGAUAAAUACAAUCUUCUUCCUUGAGCUGACGCUGGUUUUAUUUGUGCUUGGCAUAACCAUAGUCUUUCCUUCCAAGUGAUGUAUGAUUAUUCAAAAGCUUCGUCAUAGUAUUGAUGCUAGUUAUCAAUUCACAUACACAUUUUAAGAAAGAACCAUGAGAGAGGAUACAUCUCACCUUCUGGAGGGGACUUAUGUUGCAACAUUUUUGCAUGUAGUUUAUGUGUCACACUAGCACUCCUUGUAUAAUAGACUAGCAGUGGGGUACGUGUACAACCAUAAUGCUCGGCACCGGAACAGAGUCCAUUUUUGGCAGACAGAGACAGGUAAUACAGGCUUCUUCCUCAUGUGCAUGCAUGCAAAAGCUCUGGUCCAUGCUGUAAAUAUAUGAUUUGUAAACCAAUCGACAUCCCUUUUUAUUUAGUAAUAAUAAAAUCUCCGGGUUGUAAAUUCUUGCAAAAUUA